AUGGAGAGCCAGAACAACACAGUGGUGACAGAACUCAUCCUCCUUGGUCUGACCCAAUCUCGAGAGAUUCAGCUCCUGGUCUUUGUGCUGAUCUCAGUUUUCUACCUCAUCAUCCUCCCUGGAAAUUUCUUCAUCAUCCUCACCAUAAGGUCAGACCCUGCUCUCACAGCCCCCCUCUAUUUCUUCCUGGGCAGCUUGGCCUUCCUGCAUGCAUCCUACUCCUUCACUGUGGCUCCCAGGAUGCUGGUGGACUUCCUGUCUGAGAAGAAGAUCAUCUCCUACAGAGGCUGCAUCACCCAGUUGUUUUUCUUGCACUUCCUUGGAGGAGGGGAGGGCUUACUUCUUGUUGUGAUGGCCUUUGACCACUAUAUCGCCCCCUGCUGGCCUUUACACUAUUCAACUGUCAAGAGCCCUAGAGCCUGCAAUGUAAUGCUGUUGGCUCUGUGGCUUGGAGGCUUUCCCCAUUCCAUUAUUCAGGUGGCCCUCAUACUGCGUUUGCCUUUCUGUGGUCCAAACCAGCUGGAUAAUUUCUUCUGUGAUGUGCUGCAGGUCAUCAAGCUGGCCUGCUUGGAUACUUUUGUGGUAGAGCUCCUGAUGGUCUUCAGCAGUGGUCUAAUGACCCUCCUGUGCUUCCUGGGGCUUCUGGCCUCUUAUGGUGCCAUUCUAUGUCAUGUAUGUGGGUCUUCUCCUGAGGGGAAGAACAUGGCCAUGUCCAGAUGCACCACCCAUGUCAUAGUCAUAUUUCUCAUGUUUGGGCCUGGCAUCUUCAUCUAUACUCACACAUUCAGGGCUUUCCCUGCUGACAAGGUGGUUUCUCUCUUCCACGCUGUCAUCUUUCCUAUAUUGAAACCUGUAAUUUAUACACUUCACUACCAGGAAGUAAAAGCUUCCAUGAAGAAGUUGUUUAAUCAGCACAUAGGGGAAAAUGGAAUGGGAGAAUCAGGGUUGUCAAAUACCAUCUGA